ACGAGUUUCAUCAGAUACUACAGGUCUUCACGAAGAUGGUGAUCUCAUAGCUAGUCUUCAAAGCUUUGAAGAAGUCACUGAGCAAAGCAAUGGGACCAAGGCCUUCCAGGGAGACGAGAGAAGGACAACAGACCAACUGGACGAAGACUAGCAAAGGACUCAAAGAAUAACUCCCCGCCAAAGGGGAUAAAAACAGAGAAAUGCACGUGAAAAAUCAGGGUGGCCAGAAAGGGGAGGCAACGUUUAGAGCUUUAGAGUUAGUUUACCUAGUGGAGUUUAUAGUUUGUUUUUUAUUUUUUUUUUUUUUAUUUUUGUCUUUUUUUCUUCGGGGUUAGCUGGUAGCGUCUGUGAGUUUCCAACGUCUGUGAGUCAAUGGAAUAGUGAAUUUGUCUAGUUCCCAUAAUCAUCGCGUGUCUGGUAAAUGUUUCGCACAUUAUUUUUUUUUUUUUUUUUUAGAGGAGGGAACAAGAGAAAAAAUAAUUAUCGACAAAUUUUAAUGAUCUUGCAAAUGGUCUUGCGUAUACUAAUGAACACUCCAGCGCGGUUAGCCGUUGAGUGUGUGUGCUUUCUUUUUUUUUUUCUCUCUCUCUCCUUUCAGCUUGAUUUUACCUCCACUUGCUCGAACCAAUAUUAGCGUCUGAAGAUAAUCGUCAGAAAUUACUUCCCCCUUAUCACCACCGCGACUUCCGGACGCGAUUCCUUGGUCCCGAGAAAGACCGCGGAGCGAGAUUUAGCUGGCAGCGCAGUCGAUCGUCACUUCCGUCUUUGUAAACAUCAAAGGCCGGCGGAAGAACAAAAGAGACGUACGUCGUCAUAGACACCGACUUUGCAUGUUACUAGAAACAAGAUGGUUUCUUUCUCCAUUCCGCUCGUCCACUUGGCAACAACUGUGUGCGGCCAUUGAUUGCACGUCAGCCUCGCGCUGCGCCAGCCAGUCCCCAGAGAAAGAUAUUCCCUCCCUUUUAUCUCCUUCCCCCAAUCCUUGCUGCUCCCCUCCUUUCCCCUCCCUUUCUCUCUCUCUCCCUCCCCCCCAUCUCGAACUCAGCGGGGAAGAACGGAUCGAUGCACUUGUCGGGGUGGUGGUGAUGGUGUGGGGGGGGGGAAUGUUUGUGUACGUUCUUAUUCUCUCCCUUAGUUUACCCUCCAUCCACACAACCCCGUAGAGCGACCACCACGGGAAUCGCCGCUUCGACCGCAGACCUGACGUCGACGCGAACUGGCGUUGGGCCGUGACUCAAUGUGUCGUCAUCGUCGUGCACGCAGGGACGUGGAGGCAGAACGGUUACAAGCCGGAUCGCGAGAGCUCAGUGAGAGUCGCGAGGUUCCCUCGACCGACGGGAGCAUGGCGGCCGAUGAUUUAGCAUCGCUCGGCAACAUGUUGACAGGCGCCCGUGGCUGCUAGAGCCAGAGAUCGCCGGCCUGUAGAUAACAGCUGGACUGCCGCAACAAGGGGGUGUGUGUGGUGUUGCUGGCGUUGUUGCUGGCGUUGUCACUGGCGUUCUCUUCGCUUCCUCGCCGCCUGGAAUGUCCGCCAUUAGCCCUUGUUUGCUGACACACGCUUGUUGUCAUCUACACCACAGUCUACGCCGCCACCUCGUGCGCAACAAAACCUUGGCGAUUUGUUUCUGAAGAUGUUACUGACUGAUAAAAAUGGGGGUGAUCGAGAAAACAUUAAGCAAGCGAGCCUUCCUGGACGCCAACAUCAGCGGUGCCAUCGGCGGGGCCUACAGCCUUGAGGACGACGUGCCCGCUCUCGUCCAUGACCACAAAGACGACAACGCCAUGGACGCUUCCAACGAAGACGACGGCGAAGACUCCAAACUCAGCGCCGUUAAAGAGGAUGACGCCGCCGCCAGGCAGCGGCUGCUGGCGGCGCCCAUGUCGGCUCACACGCCCAGUGAGCGCGAGCUUCAGGGGUCGAGUACCGUCCUCGUGCAGCCUGGAUAUGACGGCGGGGGCAGCCAGGGGGAGGUGGGGGACGUGGAGGGGCCCAAGCACCCCAUGGUGCUGGAGGUGGAGGAGGAGGAGCGUGGCCCACUGCGCAGCCGCCUGGAGUUCCUGCUGCUCUGUCUGUCACUGGCCAUCGGCACCCGCACCGUCGUGCAGUACCCGGUCCUGGCCAUGAGGCACGGCGGAGGGGCGUUCACCUUCGUGUAUUUGGUGUUGACGGCAGUCCUUGGGUCUUCCCUUGGUGUACAUGGAGAUGGCUCUGGGGCAGUAUGCACGAGGCGGGCCUAUAUCAGCGUGGGCUAUAACACCUCUCUCCAGAGGUCUGGGCUACUCCAUGCUGUUGGUCAGCGGGCUGCUGCUCCUGUACUACAACACCUACACGGCCUGGGCCCUCUACUACUGCUUCCUUCAUUGUCCACUACCCUGCCCUGGCAUCUCUCACCGACUGGUCAGUAUAACCUCAUCUUGCUUUCGCCUUCUUGCUUCUCUCCUUCUCUUCCUUUUUUUUUUUGUCCGUUUUCCCCUCCACCUUCCUUCGGUGCUACAUUUCAGAUAGUUGUCUACCAGUUAAAGCCAGGAGCGCUCAGAAGCCACUAACACCACCGUCAC